AUGAAAGGACCACUCUUAACAAAUAGAGUGGAUGCAGACGGUACUGUCACAAAUAGAGUAUACUGCUAUCGGAUUCCUGACAAUCUUCCCCUGCACUUAGAAGCCCCAUUGUUGUGUGCCAGAGUAGCUGUUUAUUCUCCCAUGGUUCGCCAUAAUAUGAACCAGCCUGGUAAAAGUCUUGGGGUGAUUGGGCUAGGUGGUCUUGGACAUUUGGCUGUAAAGUUGGGUAAGGCUUUAGAACUAAAAGUUACGGGUUUUAGCACCAGUAUAUCUAAGAAAGAAUCAAAGAAGAGGCCUUGA